GACAGCGGGACAAGACGUUGAUCGAGGUGAACACGAAGGCAGCUGGAUGUUCAGAGGAUUAGUUACGCCGUUCAAACGGCGGACGCGAACGGUGUGCAUCUUCUUCUUCGACUAUCACAUGGAAUAGGUAGUAGUUUCUAAGCACGUAUCCGUGGAUUAGUUAGUACUUGCGGAAGAUGGAAAGUGCGCGGGCUGUUGUGUCGGCCGUCAAGUUGGUCGAGGAUAGUUCCGCAACGGCGGGCGCAGGGAAAUCCCUCUUGGAUACUGACGGCGUGAGCAAGUUAAAGAAGCCCAGCGGACUGUCCACUGCUUUGAGAAUGGCCUUGGAUGAUGGCGGUGGUGGUGAGUCAAAGACAGAGAGCGGAAGACAAUUGACAGCCCCUCGAACAGAUGUCCUUAAAGGGAGUCGCCAGCCUCAGGCAGCUGCAGAUACAAACAUCACGAGUAAAACUGUUAUCAAAACCUCUAAAAAUGGCCGAAGUUUAAUGAGCAGUUCGAACUCGCUUCUGCUGAAAAGGAGGCGUUUGAGGAGGAAUCUCUCGGCUGCAGCAGCAACCACUGCCACCUCAGCUGUGUCCGCCGGGGGUGGGAAAAUGAACUCGGCCUCUUCUUCGUCCUCCUUGCACACACGGAGUCUGGACAGGAAGACUUUGCUUAGGCAUCGGCAAAAUAUUCAGCUACAGCCGUCUGACAGGCAGUGGGUGCGGGCGGACCUACAUCGGGGAUCCAUACAUGUCCACGACAAGCUUACGGCUUCAUGCCCUAGGCCGGUGUUGUGUACACUGGAGACCACAGCCAGGGAAAUAGCCCAGCGUCUGACCAGCAAAUCGGGGUCGGUGGUGCGUCUAGUUGGAAAAAGCUACCAUAUGACAGAUGUUAACGGUAACUGUAAUGGCAAAUUUUCUUUUCUGUGUAAACAUAACCAGACGAGAAGUGCGGAGGGCAGCCGCUCUAGUUCUCCGAGACGGGCCGAUUCAAGGGCUGGCCAACACGACGAACCAAGUGACAGGUUAAGACUCUUGCUUCUUGGAAAAGAUAGUGCUAGGCCACAGGAGGAGUUCGAUAUAAACCUUUUCUCUCCUGAUACCCCAUCUGGGGCCAGUAUUUUAGAUCACUCACUGUCAGACCUAAAUUCGAACACAACUGUGGAUACGCCGAAUGACGAUGAGUCAGAGAAGAGAUUUAACGGUACUGACAGCUGUGGGCGAAACUCCGGUUCGGACGUAGAGAGCAGUACGUUUGAUGACUUGAGCUCCGGGGCUCGGCUUAGUGAGCACCGGGACUCCUUGAGUGAUGACAUGAUUUUGGGUACAGAUGCGUCAGUUCUGAGCCCGACCUUUGACAGCGCGACGGAGGGUUUGGAUACUUAUGGCAGUUCUUCGGAUGAACUGGAGCUCGACGGUCCUUCCUCGAGUACGACCAUAGAUCCCAUUCCCCAAGACCUACAAAAUUUCUCCAGUGACAUUAGUACCGUUUCUGCCAGCAAUGGCCUUUUCGUGGUUGACCGUUUUAAUGACGUGACAGGUGAUACCGAGACAAACGGCAGGCUGGGCAUCAUGCCACCCAGCACGAGCUCCAACUCUUUAUCAACGGGCAGCUUGACAGGUAACACUGCUGACACUCAAAGCCCCGACAAUCACCCCGGCGUUUCGCAAACGAACCUAGUGUCAGAUAACGACUCUAUCCCGUCACUUUAUGUUCAGCUGCACGGUGAGGCUGCCCGGAGGCUUGGCCCGGACGAGAGGCCGCUCCAAAUUCAAAAUGACUUUCUCUUUAAAUUGGGAUUUAAGGACCCUUGGCGGGUACAAGAGGAAGGAAUGAACCCCGAAUUAGGCUCUUUGUUACGCUUCUACGCAGGGAAGCCCCACAGCAUAGAGAGUUCAGAGCGAGUCCAGCUGUCAGGGACCUAUAAUGUGAGGAAGGGAAAGCUCCAGUUACCGGUGAACCGCUGGAGUCGACGGCAGGUCAUCCUGUGUGGCACCUGCCUCAUGGUGUCAUCCGUCAAGGCAAGCCACACAGGCAAGAUGCAUAUCCUGCCACUCAUCGGAGGAAAGGUUGAAGAGGUGAAGAAACACAGCCACUGUCUGGCCUUCAGCUCUGCAGGGCCUCAGAGUCAAACGUACUACAUCAGCUUUGACAGCUUCACUGAGCACCUGCGUUGGCACCGACAUGCCGCCAAGAUGGUGUCCCAGAGGAUCAGUUCAGUGGACCUGUCUUACUGCAGUCUGGAGAAACUUCCUCCCAACCUCCUCUACAGCCAGGACCUCACUCACCUCAACCUCAAACAUAACUUCCUCCCCGCCGACCACACACUACAGCAGCUGCAGAGGUUCUCACGCUUGAAGAGUCUGAACCUGUCUAAUAAUCACUUGGGGAAUUUCCCGUUGGAGAUCUGCUCCAUCUCCACCCUCACAGAGGUCAACCUAAGCUGCAACUGCCUGACCUCCAUCCACCCCAAUGUUGGCAACAUGAGCAACCUUCAGACUUUCCUGUUGGAUGGGAACCUCUUGUCUGCUCUGCCGGCCGAGCUGGGCUCUUUACAGAGGUUGUGCUAUCUUGGCCUGUCCUUUAACGAGUUCUCCUCCUUGCCCAUGGUGCUGGAACGUCUGCCCGCGGUGGAGAGGCUCUGCAUGGCUGGAAACAGACUGAGCGAGCUGGCCCUCCAGAGCUUCCGCCUGCUUCACGUCAGACACGUCGACCUGAGGUUGAAUCAAAUCUCCAGGGCCAUUCCCGACGAGCCAGACUUCUUGCGGCACGUGACUCAGCUGGACCUGCGGGACAACGGACUGCAGGAACUGGACGCCGCUCUUUUCCCUCGGCUGGAGGUUUUACACUGUGAGAGAAACUGUCUGACACGCCUGAGAGCCAAAGGCAACCUGCUCAAAGGACUAUAUGCUGCCAACAACCAACUACAUGAGAUAGAGGUCAGUCCAGUACCCACCAAUCUCACCUACAUGGAUAUCUCCAGGAACUGUAUGGAGACUCUACCAGACUGGCUGAGUGAAAGCAAGAAACUGGAAGUUCUGGACAUCAGCCACAAUCUCAUUACCGAACUCCCACCAUGGCUGUUCUGCAGCAGUAGUCUAAGAAAGGUCCUUGCUGGCCAUAACCGGCUGCAGCGUUUGCCAGACAGAAUGGAGCACCCUCUAGUGGAGGUCCUGGACAUACAACACAACCAACUGGUGGAGCUGCCUUGUGACUUGUUCCUCAAAUCAGACAGUUUAAGGUGCCUAAAUGCCUCAGCCAAUAAGCUGGAGAGUCUCCCGCCAUCCAGCCAAUCAGAGGAGAGCCACAGUGUCCUCCAAGAGCUCUACUUGACCAAUAACCACCUGACUGAUAAAUGUGUGCCUCUCCUGACUGGACACAUACACCUGAGAGUGCUACACAUGGCCUAUAACCACCUUCAGACAUUCCCAGCCAGUAAAAUGGCAAAGCUUGAGGAGCUGGAGGAGGUGGACUUGAGUGGAAACAGCCUGAAGGCCGUUCCCACCACUAUUCUAAACUGCCGACGCAUGCACACACUCGUCGCUCACUCCAACGCCAUCGAGGUCUUCCCUGAGGUCCUGCAGCUCAUGGAUAUGAAGUGUGUUGAUCUGAGCUGUAAUGAACUCAGGGAGAUCACGCUUCCUGAGAAUCUGCCGCCAAAGCUACAAGAGUUAGACCUCACAGGCAACCCACGCCUCGCCCUGGACCACAAGACCCUUGAACAGCUCAAUAACAUUCGAUGUUUCCGGAUCGACACGGCCCCAACAUCUUUUCCCACCAGUGAGGCUUCAGGGGGGCCAGCAGUCUGGAGUCAUGGUUAUACAGAAGCCUCGAGUUUCAGGAACAAGCUAUGUGUGGCUGCGUUGUCAGUGAGUAGUUUUGGUGGCAGUCGGGAGGCGCUGUACGGGGUGUUUGAUGGAGACAGGAACGUGGAGGUUCCUUACUUAUUACAGUGCACCAUGAAUGACAUUCUGGCUGAGGAGCUGCACAAGACCAAGAGUGAGGAAGACUACAUGACCAACACCUUCCUCGUCAUGCAGAGGAAGCUGGGCACAGCAGGACAGAAGUUGGGUGGUUCAGCCGUUUUGUGUCACAUCAGACAUGACCCCACAGACCCAGGAGGUUGUUUCACACUCACAGCCGCCAAUGUGGGCAAAUGCCAGGCUGUCCUGUGCCGCGAUGGCAAAGCAGUGCCCCUCUCUGUUCUCCACAACAUCAGCGUGGAGGAGGAAUACAGGCGUGUCAGACAGCACAAAGCAAUUGUCACUGAGGACAAUAAGGUGAACGGUGUGACUGAUUCGACCCGAAUUAUGGGCUAUUCCUUCCUAUACCCGGCUGUGCUACCACGCCCCCAUGUCCACACACUUACUCUCACGCCCCGCGACGAGUUUUUCAUCCUUGGUAGUCGUGGUCUGUUUGAUGUCAUGGACCCUGCUGAGGCUGUGGAAGCAGUGCGGAAGGUUCCAGACGCCCUGGCUGCUGCUAAAAAGCUGUGCACUUUGGCUCAGGCGUACGGCUGCACAGACAGCCUGAGCGCCGUGGUGGUGCAGCUCAAUGUGACGGAGGACUGCUGCUGCUGCUGCUGUCAGACAGGCCCUGCCUUGCCUCCGCCCCCCAGCCCUGGCCCCACCUCCUCCGGCCCUUCUCUGUACCCUCCACCCUCCUCCUGCAGUGAGAUCAGUUCGGAAGUCAGUGCCUCGGAGAUGAGCUCAGAGGUGGGUUCCACCGCCUCCUCAGACGAACCGCCGCUGCUCCCGCCAGAGGUCCACCUGCACCCCCCGGCUACACUCCUGCCCACACGCACCCCCUGCUGUGCGCUCCACCCAACCGGAGCCUUCAUUCGCCAGCUCUCCAGCGCCACCUUCUCCAGCGCGCUCUCCGACAACGGCCUGGACAGUGAAGACGAGGAGCCCAUCGCUGGCGUGUUUUCUAACGGGAGUCGGGUGGAGGUGGAAGCUGACGUGCACUGCCUCCACCUGCUGUCUCCGCCUCCUCCUCCACCCCCCUCCACUCCAGAGGUCCCCGAUGAGGAGGUGGACGCUCUGGCACCAGGGGAAAAGGAAGGGACAUCCCGGGUUGGCGAGAAGGCAGGUUUGGUUGGAGCAGAUGGGUGGAUGAAAACUCUGGGGAAGAGGCGAGGGAACGGCUCCGUCGCCCCUCAGGAGCAAAGCCACAACCUGAUCGAGGUGGCAACCGAGGCUCCAUCCAAGAAACCGGGCGGGUACUUUGCCGCUCCGACUCAGCCCGACCCAGAAGACCAGUUCAUCAUCCCGCCUGAACUGGAGGACGAGGUGAGAGAGAUCAUGAAGCAGCAGCAGCAGGAGAACCAACGGCCAGCCAACACUGAACAGCAGCCUAUAGACUACUACGACACUCCACUCUGAACUCACACAUACACACAGCACAGACACACACACACAUACACACAACACAGACACAGGCUGCCUGCAGGCCAUGACAACACUCCACGUGUCACAGAAUUUAUCACAGACUGUGACAUAUGUUAGACAGCUCUCACAUUCUCAGAAUAGAUUCAGUCAGCAUAGAAGUCCAUCAGUCAUUUUAUCAAUCUAGACAGUUAUGUACACAAACCUGAGAAGCAAAUACACCGGACAGUAGCCUGCAGACUACCAGGAAAUGCACACAAACAUGCACGCGCACACACACAAACACAUACACAGUCUCACACACUUCCAGAGAUAUGCUCACACAGCAUCUAGAGCUGUCUCCAGUCAGUUACACCGACCUGUGUGAAAUCAGUGGCGUGCAGCAGUGAGCAAGUCCACGCAUGAAUCCUGAACCUGUACGGAAGGCCUGUGGGAUCCUAAAGUGACUAAUCCCUUUAAACCACUCUGAGCCCUUAGACAGACCUGCACACUACUGUGCCUCCCCCCUUUACAAGCCUAGAGUUCUGAACUGAUAACUGACUGUCGCGCCCUCUUUUACAGCAAUGUAGAGUUCAACACUAUCCUCCCAGCAUUAAUGCAUCACCACACACACACACAAAAACUACCAAUCUUAUGAUUCCGUUUUUUGUUUUGGAUUUUUUUUGUUUCUUUGUUUGUUUGUUUGUUUGUUUAUUUUUUAACUUACCAUAUCUUUUAACAUGCAGAAAAAUUACUGCAACAGACUUUUCAAAAAAAAAUUGCAACCUGCAGAUUCUUUUUCUGAUUAAUAAACUGUGUUGUAUGGUACACACCAGUAAUGCCACGCUUAACUGUUCUAGAUAGGUCACUGAUAUAAUACUGUAUUUCUAAAAGUAAAAUCAAGGCUUCAGGCUUGUAAAAAGACCUAGAAAUUUUAGUAGAAAUUGGACAGACUAACUCCUAGGAGUUGCUUACUCUUUUAUGGUGACUUAGUCACCUUUUACUAAUCUUCUCUGCGAGAAAUGGUGAUUUUUUUUUUCCAAUGAUUGUACAUAAGACAGAUAUUGUAUACUGAUGCUUUUUAAAGGAACUCUGUGUGUCAUGACAAACCACACCUCCCUCACACACGCGCACACACACACACACACAGGAUGUAUAAAAACGUCAUGCUCAGUCUUGUCAUCACUGUCCUGGCUUAUAACUGCACACAGAUACACACGCGCACACACACACACACACAAGCGCACAAACACACACCUCAUUUUCCCUCUCCUGUCACCAGCAUGACUGUCAAGUUCAGUAAUGCAGACAACAUUAAUCUGUAUGGAACUGUGCUCAAGCAAAACCACAGAGGAAAAGUCCCUGUUUUUGUUAUAAUAAAUCGUAAAUAUAUGACGAUAAUGAA